GUUAUUACAACCAAAUAAACCCUUUUAUGGUGACUUAUUUGAUCCAUGCCUAAGAAAGUUAUUUAAAUGGGUAUCUUCUCUACAAUUAAUACCUCCUUUAAAUUUUAAUCAAUCACCUGCAAAUACAUUCGAUGAGUUUUUGGUGCGAACUGUUGAACGUGUGAGCCCAUCCACUUUGAAAAAUUCUUUUGGAAGAGGGUCAUAUUUAUAUGAGAGAGGUUGGCAGAUGGAGUGGUUUCGUACAGCUCAAACGGUAAUUCCUGAGGAUGCAUCAAUAAUUUCUGAUGUAGGUGGGACGUUUGGUUCAGUAGGAUUUUUAGAUUUUUAUAUAGAUAAUGGAUAUUGCUGGGGAGUUUGGGGAGUUGAACUGACCCACGAGGUGAAAAGUUGGACGAAUAUGCCAAAAGAUUUUUUUAUGGCAAGAAAACCUAAACAAAACUUUUGGUAUAUACUCUACUCGAAAGAUUACAAAUGUGUUACUAUCAAACGUAAAGAUCAUAAAGACAUAAAUCUUAGUUUGCGAGGUGAUGAUGUACAUGUAUAA